ACGAGCGAAAUUGAACUCCCGUGGAAUUGGUUUAGUUUAGUCUUCCACGGUCUACGUGAGCGAUUGGCUCGCUACGUUUGCGCAUUGUCUCAUGGUGUUGCUCAUUUUCCAAUUUCAACAUCACUUCCAAACCCCCUCAACGUCAAAUUAUCAGAACACAUCCCUCAUUAGACUGAGCCAAAAAUUUGAAACGAUUACUGUUAUUAUCAUUGACAUUACCUUCAUUAGUGUUAUAUUCCCGAUCGAAUCCUUUCGGCGAGAAUGACCGUUUUUCGGAGAGUCUAGGGUUUGCACCAUGUCGUGGAAUGUUUUUUAGGAUCUAUUCUUCUGCCUCUGAUCAGAUCAAUUUGACUUAGGGCGAUAAAACAGAAAUUAGGAAACAUGAGAGCUCGAUUAAUUGUUUUUCCGAUUAAAGGAAGGAACUGGUGCUUUAGCAGAUCUAUCGACACUUCAGUUUCAGAGUUAGGUUAUUCUCGAACUUCACCGACAUUGAAAGAUCUUUGUAAGGAAAUCUCUUCUAAUGGAAAAUCGAUGAAUGAAAAUGCAGAGCUCGUAGUUGACUUUGUUUCUGAUAAGAUGAAUCGAGCUUGGAUUGGCCUUGAGAAGGCUCCAGAGGGAACGUUCAAGAAAAAGAUAUAUGGUUUGGGUUUGCAUCUACUAGCUCGUGUUAAGCCUUCUGAGAUUUUCUUGAAAUCCAUUUCCAAGGAAGUUACUGAGGUCGAGGUUACAUUUCCCAAGAGCUUAAAUUCAAGACUAGUACGCCGACGAUUGCGACAUACUGCUUUGAGGGGAACAAUUAUUCACAGAAAAUACUUCUAUGGUUCAGUUUCAUUGCUUCCAUUCACAAUGGCCUUCACUGUUCUGCCCUUGCCUAACAUUCCGUUCUUUUGGAUCCUAUUCCGUUCCUACUCUCAUUGGCGUGCUCUAAAGGGAAGUGAGAGGCUUCUUCUACUGGUCUCAGACUUCUCAAAGGCAUUGAAGUUGGAUGCUUCAAAUGAGAAUGGCAAAGAAAUUGCCUCUGAUGAUCAUGGAAUCAACGAUUCAUCCAUUCCUUCUCUGGUUCUGAACCCCUGUGAGGAGCUCGGUAAACUUCUUGGCCAAGGUGCAGGUUAUGGUGUCAGUAGACGUGUUAUUACUGAUAUUUGCAAAGCAUAUCAUUUGGAUACAAAGGAAGUUCUUAAGUACCACAACUCGGUUUAGCCACCAUUUGUUAAAUUUUUUGUUGGCAUCUAAAGGCAUAAACUAUUUAUGAUUUCAAUGGAGAAACAUGCCACUUCGUUUUGAAAAUGUUCGGUCCUUGCCCUGUGCAACACAUGGGUCAAUAACAUUGAAAUGGCAGCAUAGUAAAAUUUGGGACGACAAAAGGGCUAUGCCGAUGCUGUAUUUAAAUGAAUAUGCUUUGAUCCUUGAUUCUUUCUUUUUUAUUA